GAGUGUAUGAGUCAGGACUAACAAUUACUUAUAAUUUCUAGAAGAGAGUAGAGCGAUUUUUCAAAAGGAGAACAGGAGAACAUUCCAGGAGAACAAGGGACUGGUGGUGUGUAGACUCACAGGAUAUGGACAAACUGGACCACUAUCACAAGAAGCUGGCCAUGACAUCAACUAUGUUGCAAUUACAGGUCUGAUGCCAACAAUAUCCGGUCAUGGUUGCCAUCGUCCCUGGCCACCAGUGAACUUGCUGGCUGACUUUGCUGGAGGAGGACUUACAGCGGCUUUUGGGAUAGUUGCAGCUUUGCUAAAGAGGGAAAAGAAUGGUGGCCAUGGCUGUGUGAUCGACUGUUCUAUGUCAGAGGGUCUUUCUUACUUAGCUUCGUUUGUUCAUCGCUACCAUGAUAUGGCGCAUUUGUGGACUGAUAAGUAUGCUGCAUUCUCGGGAGACUGUCCAAUCUAUAGGUGA